AUGGCUGAUGUGGUGAAUGUAAACGAUGAUGAUGAAGCACGCCGAAAUGAAAUGAGAGCAAUGAUUGUAGAAGAAGUAGAGAAAGUGAUUGAAGCUAGUAAUUCCCGACUAGCUCAAGAGGUGGAAGGUCAAGUAUUGGGAGUAGUCGAUACUCUAGUAACGACCAAGGUGGAAGAACUAAAGGAGAUGAUUAGUGAACUACAAACAAAGAAAAGUACUCGAAGGUGCACGUACAAGGAAUUCAUGGCAUGUAACCCCUUGCCGUAUAAAGGGGAAAUUGACCCGAUAGCUUGUCAAAGAUGGAUUUCAAGCACCGAGGCAGUGUUUGUAAGAAGUAGAUGUGAAGUGAAGGAUCAAGUAAUGUUUGCUACGGGCCUCCUACAACUCCAAGCAAAGGAUUGCCCACAAUCGGCACUUGAUAAGAUUCAAGAAGACUUCUUACGUCUUCGACAAAAGGAUGAAACAAUUGAUGAAAUAACGAAUAAGUUCCUCGAGAAGGUGAAAUUUUGUGGGGAGAUAGCGGGGACUGAAAGGUUGAAAAUCAUACGUUAUCAUGCUAUGUUAAAAGCUGAAUAUCGGGAGUUCGUAAAUCCCUGUAAGUGUGCAACAUUGAAUGAAUUAAUCGACUGGGCAAGAGAUAGGGAGAUUGAGAUAAAAAGGCAGGUUGAACGAGGAGAGAAAAGGGUGGCGGAGAAGCCUACCAACACAAACCCAUCAAAAAAGGCAAGAUAUCAAGACCAAAACCGGAAAAGGAAAACAAGUAGUGGAAUUCCGACUUGCAAGACAUGUGGGAAGCAUCAUUCGGGUGAAUGUUUGUCGGGAAAGAAAGGAUGCUACAAAUGUGGGCAAGAGGGACAUCCGUAUUAUAGGUGCCCUGAAAAUCCAAAAGCGUGUUAUAAUUGUAAUCAGACGAGGUACAUUAAAGCUGAAUGUCCGAAACUCCAACAAGGGGCAAAGAAAGAUGGAAAGAAGGAUGAGUCUUCCAAGGCUCGCGGGAGGAUGUUUCAGUUAACCUUGGAUGAAGCUAAGGCUAGCCCGGAUGUGGUCUCAGGUAUAUUCUUGGUUAAUUCUAUGCCUAUGAAUGUAUUAUUUGAUUCCGGGGCUAGUAGAUCAUUUAUUUCUAAUGAAUUAUUAGUACAUCCAUCGUUUAAGCUUGAAAAGAUGUUAGUACCCUUAGAAGUGGAAGUUGCUGAUAGUAAAAGCUAUUUGUUACAUGAUAUUUGUAGAAACUGUAUGAUCUUAAUCGAAGAUGAGGAAUUUAGUAUAGAUCUUGUCCCGAUGUACAUGGGGAAUUUAAAGUAG